CCCCAACUUAAAACGCGGGCGAACAGGUCGAUUUGUCCAUUGUCCUGUGCUCAUCAUACUACACCGGCCACAACUGAGCACGAUGAUACGAAGGCUUCCAACUUUGGCUGUCUGUGCCGUGCUCCUAGGAGCCGCUUCGGCAUUGAUAAGGGUACCACUGCAUAAGAUGAAAAGCAUCCGGCAGCAGUACCGAGAAUUCGGCUGGCCACUCAACAUUACUCACGAUUGGACCGUGAAUGACGCUAACGGACCCAUUCCGGAGCCCCUGAAGAACUACCUCGAUCUCCAGUACUACGGCAACAUCACACUGGGCACCCCUCCUCAAGUGUUCGCUGUCAUCUUCGAUACAGGCUCGUCAAACCUCUGGGUGCCCUCCAGCAAGUGUCCAGUGAGCAGUGCUGCAUGUCGUGUGCACCACAAGUAUUACAGCAAUGAGUCGAGCACGUACGUCAAGAACGGCACCCACUUCGAGAUUGAGUACGGGAGUGGUAGCGUGAAGGGCGAAUUGAGCUCUGACACCUUCAGCUUAGGCAAAGUCAGCGUCAAGGGCCAGACGUUCGCCGAAAUUACGGACGAGGACAGCGAAAGCUUCGCCGUCGCGAAGUUCGACGGCGUCUUGGGCUUGGGCUACCCGCAGGCCGCGGUUCUCGGUGUACCGCCCGUAUUCGACAGCAUGCUGGAGCAAGGCGUAGCCGAGAAGCCCGUGUUUGCCUUCUAUCUGGACCGCAACGCCGAAGACCCCAACGGAGGUGAAGUACUGUUCGGCGGCAUCGACGAAGCGCACUACAAAGGAGACAUCACCUAUCUGCCCGUGACGAAGAAGGGUUAUUGGCAGUUCAAAAUGGACGGAAUGAGUCUGUCUGACAAGGCGACCUUCUGCAAGGGCGGCUGCCAAGCAAUCGCCGACACUGGCACAUCCAUGCUCGUCGGUCCCUCGGUCGACGUCAAGAAGAUUAACGAACUCAUAGGGGCUAAAGAAGCCUCACCUGGACAGUAUCUCGUGGACUGCGAAUCUCUCCCUUCGUUACCCAAGGUUACCUUUCACCUAAGCAAACGAGAGUUCGUGCUCAGCCCAGACGACUAUGUUUUGAAGGUGACACAGGAAGGAACCACCUUUUGCUUGAGCGGAUUUACCCCCAUGGACUUUCCACCGGAGAUGGGGCCCUUGUGGAUACUUGGAGACAUGUUCAUAGGCCGAUACUACACCAUCUUCGACAGGGGCAACGACCGCGUUGGCUUCGCCGAGGCCCGCUAGUCAACACCUAUGCAACGGAGAGAACACUGCUUCGCCUAAGAUCCGCAUUCCAAACCGGGCUCUUUCUGUCGCUGCCACACACUACACAUUAUCAAAGACCAGCAUCCUUAUUCAACCUGUGAAUUUUCCAUCGUAGUUCAUCCCGUGUCUGGUUCGCGAGGUGUGCUGCAGAAACAGAUUGAAAUAAAUACCGUCAGCAGAUCCCUG